CACAGCACAAGUCCAGUCUCCGAAUCCCUCCCUCCCUCGCCGCCGCCGCCGUGUUCCCCGGGAAGAGAGGAAGGGGAAGGCGAAGCCGGAGGAUGGGGAAGGUGCCGCACGCCAUGCGCGCCGCCGCCACCAAGCUCCCCGUCGCCCUCGUCCCCAAACCCAAACCCCACGCCGCUUCCCCCUCCGCGCAGCCGCCCGCGCGCCGCGGCACCAACCCCGCUAAACCCCACCGAGGCCCCAAAUCCCCGGGAGCACUCUCCCCCGCCUCCACCGACGCCGCGCUCCCGGCCGCGCAGGGGGAGGGCGAGGAGCGGAAGCCCAUCAGGACCCCCGCCGACCUCGCCGCCGCCAUCCGCGCCGCGGCGGACGCCGACAUCGACGCGGCGGUGUCCCUGGCCCUCGGGGCGCCCCCCGCCGUCCCGCUCCCGACCCACUCCCUCGCGCUCCUCCUCCGCCGCCUCGCCGCCCGCCGCUCCGUCGCCGCCGCGCGGGACCUGCUGAGCAAGCUCCACCCGGCCCCGCCCGACCCCGCGUCCUCGACGGCCCCGCGCGGGGCGCUGCUCGCGCUCGCCGACGCCGUCUGCCGCCGCGGCGACCCGCGCGAGAUCUCGCGGCUCCUCCCGGUCCUCGCCGGCCACGGCGUCCGCGCCGACGCGCACGUCUACAACGCCCUCAUGAAGGCGCACGUCGCGGCCUCCGACCCCGCCGGCGCCCUCGCGGUGCUCCGGCGGAUGGAGGGCGACGGCGUCCAGCCAGACCUCGUCACCUACAACACGCUCGUCUACGCGCUCGCGCGCGCGGGGAUGGUCGCCAAGGCCAGGACCUUCCUCGACACCAUGGCCGCGCAGGGGCACUUCCCGGACGUCAUCACCUACACCUCGCUCAUGAACGGGAUGUGCGUCCAGGGCGAUGCGCUCGGGGCGCUUAAAUUGCUCGAGGAGAUGGAGGCCAAGGGGUGCGAGCCCAAUGAGCGCACCUACAACACGCUGCUCAUGGGUCUCUGCAAGAACAAGAAGCUGGACAAGGCCGUCGAGGUGUACAAGUCCAUGGUAGCGUCUGGGAUGAAGAUGGAGGCGCCGGCGUAUGCCACCUUUGUCAGGGCGUUGUGUCGAUCUGGCAGCGUUGCAGACGCUUACGAGGUGUUUGAUUAUGCCAUUGAGGCCAAGAGCAUCACAGAGGUGACGGCGUAUACUGAGCUUGAGAACUCACUCAAGUGGCUGCGCAAGAUGAAGUCAUGAUGUCUCGGUCACUCAGCUUGCAAGUAGAGUAUACGCCAGUUUUUUUGCUGCUGAUGCAUUUGAAUUCAGGCUAUAAGACUCUGGGAACUCAAAAGUGGCUUCAAAUUGCUCAGAAAUUCUCAGCUUCAUGUUGUUUCUGACACAUAUGAAAUGUAAGAAUAGGAUGUCCAGAAAAAAAUUGCAGCUUGAGCAUUUACAGGUAGAAAUGGCACAAGCUAUUUUACGGCUAUGUACCAAGCUUUCCUUGCAAUGGUCAUGUAGUGCCUUGACCUUGAUGUAAACAAACAUUUGUUAUGUUUAUCCUCUGGGAAAUGUUUGACGUAUGCAGAUAAGUUAUGUUCUUCCUAUGGGAAUUGAAUCA